GGCGGUGUUGCUGCAUGCAGAUGAGGUGGCUGAGCAGAGCUGCAGCUCGCUGGAGUUCAGUGCUUUUAUUUACUGCAGGGGAGCAGCGAUUAAACCGAAUUAAACCCGAAUUAAACAGAAUUAAAGCCUGAUAAACUGAGUGUGAACAGGAUGGGAUUACUCAGGGUGUUCCGGGCGGUGAUUAUGGGACCCCCGGGCUCCGGGAAAGGCACGGUAUCCAACCGGAUCACCGACAGUUUCGGGCUGAAGCAUCUGUCCAGCGGAGACAUUCUGAGAGCCAAUAUUAAAGCCAAGACCGAACUGGGUCUGCUGAUGAAGUCGUGUAUAGAUCAGGGUCAGCUGGUUCCUGAUGACGUUAUCUCUCGCCUCAUCCUGUCUAACCUGAGGAAUAUGGAUCACAGCAGCUGGCUGUUAGACGGUUUUCCUCGCACCGUGGCGCAGGCGGAGAGUCUGGACAGCAUGUGCACCGUCGACACCGUCAUCAACCUGGACGUCCCGUUCCAGACCAUUAAAGAGCGCCUGACUUCCCGCUGGCUCCACCUGCCCAGCGGCCGAGUCUACAACACCGACUUCAACCCCCCCAAAAUACCAGGGCUGGAUGAUGUUACAGGAGAGCCUUUGAUCCAGAGGGAAGAUGACACACCUGAGACAGUGACCCGCAGACUGAAGGCCUACGAGUUCCAGACCCAGCCAGUGCUGGAGUAUUACAGGAGUAAAGGAGUUCUGGAGACGUUCAGCGGAACCGAAACCAACAAAAUCUGGCCUCACGUUCACACUUUCCUCACCAGGAAGAUCCCUCACGUCCAGCAGAUCCGCGGACAGGCCUAGACCUCCUCACUGUUAUCCACUACACCGUCCACACCACGCACAGUGCUGGAGACCGAGGAUUAGAAAGGGAACAGAGUCCCGAGAUCAGCUCUGAGGAGAGCAGUGAUCAGUCUGGGAUUAUUAUUAUUAUAGAAUUAUUAUUAUAGGAUUAUUUUAUUUAGUGUGGGUCGUAGCAGAGAGCAGAGAAACCUGUAGAACAGAGUCUCGCACUACAGUCGUUUCUCUAAUCACUAAUCAUAACGCUCCGUCACUCCCAGUGCCUUACAGCUCCUAUAUAUAUAUAUAUAUAUAUAUAUAUAGAAAUAAAUAGGCUACAGGGUCAAGUUUUUUAAAAGAUAUGUUAAGGUAGUAAAUCUACAGUCUUAAUGGGAUUUUUUUUUAUCUUUGAGAUUUAAAAUAAAAUCUAUUUUAAUAAAACAAUUUUAGAGUUUUGUAGUGUGUAAUUCAUACACUCUGUUAAUACAUGCACUAAUAUAUAUUUUUAAGCUAAUUCAGGUUUUAUCAUCAGUUUAAAGUGAUUUUAAGUGAUUUUAUUUGUCACUCUAUUGAUUUUAAUAUGCUUUGAUAGUAUUUUGCUUCUUAUAUGAACAGUGGUGUCUCUCAGCCAUCAGUAACUGUACAGUAGCAGUACACUUAGAUCAAUCAAGCAUAACAUUAUGACCACCUUGUUUUUUUUACACUAAUUAUAAUUUUUUUCAGCUCUAUUAAGCAUAUAUUUCACUUUGGAGUUGAACAAUAAUUACAGACUGUAUUGUGUUUGUGUUUCUCUGUAUAUUUUAUUAUUCUCCUCCUUAUUGUCACCCUGUUCUUUAAUAGGUGUUAAUAGGUGGAGUUUUGGGACCAGUCUAGAAAAGUCUUAAAUUCUUACUGUUAAAUAAUAAUAAAAGAUAGUAUUUUUGCUUCUAGUAAAGCAGCAUCUGUUUAUAACACUAUUGACUGAGCACGUUUGCAGUAUUUUUCUGUGGAUAUUAUUAUUAUGGGAUAGUUUUUGGGAUUGAUUGUAUUUAUAUAUAUAUAUUUUUUUGUGUUCUCACUAAGUGUUCUUCACAGAGUAGCCUUAAUCUCCAUCACUCCAGCACACUGCUGUAGAGCAACAACUCCAGUAGUUUUAUUGGGAUUUCUGUUCCAUUGACUUUUUUGAAUGAUUUUCUUAAAAAAUUAUCUAAGUGAUUUUUUUUAGAAUGAUUCAUUUUUGAAAGAUUAUUAUUAUUAUUAUUAUUAUUUUUAUUUUUUUAGCUAAGAUCUUUAAUGUCAUUUUAGGGAAAAUGCCACAAAUGUCUUUUCAAGAAUCCAAGAAUGUUCAUUGACAGUUAUUACAUAUGCUAAUUGAUGUUAAUUAAAGAAAAUACAUAAAAGUA